UGUACCUGAAUGCAGCAUUUCCGUAUUACUUGGGGAAGUCGCAGACAAAUGAAAUGAGGCGACAUUGAGUUUCUGGUCACUUUCUGCGCCCAGUACCUUCAGACUGUACUUUCAAGCGUUGUGAUAAAACAGCGGAGCCGAGCCAUGGCCAACAUUCAAAUCCGGAAAUAUGAGGACACUGAUGCCGAGGCUGUGAAAGAGGUCUUCGCCUUGGGGAUGAGCGAGCAUGUGCCUUCGACCUUCAUGCACAUUCUGAAACAGCCACCGACCCAGAUGGCGCUCAUGUGCAUCUUCUGCGCUCUCAUGACUAGCUCAAAAUCCUUUCUGCUACCCAUCCUGGCCAUCACCCUGUUCCUGGCCGGAGCUCGGCAGUUAGUCGUCUACAUGUUUAACAAAUACAUCGACACCUCCUUCAGGAAGGACCUCAAGAGCAUCAAUGAGACCUAUCUGAAGCAGAAGGACUCGUGUUUUUGGGUGGCUGAAAGUGAUGGUCGGGUGGUCGGCACAGUGGCUUGCCUCCCUGCUGAGAAUGUGCCUGGGUGCUUGGAGCUGAAGCGCAUGUCUGUAAGCCGCAGUCACCGAGGGAGGGGCAUCGCAAAGGCCCUGUGUCGGACAGUGGCUGAUUUUACACGUGACAGGGGUUGUGCAGCAGUUGUCCUGUACACCUCUGUGGUGCAGAUAGAUGCUCAGAAGCUGUAUGAGAGAAUGGGCUACGAGAAGAUAAGAGAGUUUGUUGCUCCUGAGCUCAUUGCCAAAAUCGUGAACUUCACUCUGUUUGAGUACAGACUGGAUUUACAGAGGGAAAAGAAAAGUGACUGAAACUGAAAUGAAGACUUUGAAGAGAUUUCUGGGCAACUCUACCAUCCGUUUAUCCAGUUUCUGUGCUUAUGUUUUUUUCAGCAUGCAUCACAGCCAGGCACAGUACCCACAUGAGGAAGUGUUUGCUCAACACAGUUGAACUACAAGGUCUGGUUUGUUUUCUCUUGUUCCAUGUACACAGGACAGAUCAAUCAUUUAUUUUUGUUUUCUCAGCAAAUCUUUAGCUGAGAAAUAUGUAAUCGUAGCACUGCUAUGUCCAUGGUCAGGCUAUUAAAGCGUUUCUGUUGAUUGAGCUUCUUUUAAGUUCUUUCAUUAUGUAAUUUUGUAAAUGAAUUAAUUCAUUUCUAUGUGAGACUCAGAAUAAAAUCAUGAAUGUUAA